GUUGGGUUUUAGUGUAGGCCCUAGGUAUAGUAAUAUGUAUCUUAGUUGGUGGCGUUAGAUUAGAUAGAGCCCACCUGUCAGCUAGCCAACACUGUGUAGGCCCAGCUUCCGAUUUGUUGUCGAGGGUGACAGACCAUAGAUCUCUUCCUUGCAUGACGAAUGAUUGCGGACGAUCGGACCCAUUUUCAGAACUCAUCAACCUGGGCCUAUGCCAUGAUAUAUAUCCAACGAGGAAAAUUUCCCCACGUGACCCCAGUUGGUGCCACUGUUUAAUAAUAUCCUAAAUUGAAGAGUCGAAUAGUUAGUAGCUUGGUGGUUAAGACUAAAAUAAGAAUACUAACUAAGAUUGUGAGUUUUCUGAACUUCGAUAUUCUGUUGGAUUUUCUUUACAUACCGAUUGUUUAGAGCCAGCCUCAGAUGGUUGGUUUUGCCUCUUGUUUUAUGAUUGUACAGUGCUUGCUUUUGAAAGAUGAGAGGAGAAAGGAGAUUCGGGAAUGGAAUCAAAACAGACUGUGAAAUUCUUCUCAAUGAGUUUGUCAAAACUGAGAAUGUUCGGUACGAAGAUUUUGCAAACAUCUGGCAUAGUAUGAAUUUUUCUUUCGUUUAUUUUGGGCUGAAGCAUCAAGUGGACCAACGAGAUUUCACAGAAGAAGCAUUUGAAGUAGCAAGUAAUUUCCUAAUGCCUCCAUUCACAUUUCAAGUGCGAAUAGGUGCCCUCUAUCUCUUAUACGGCUUGUACUUCACGCAGAUUCAAAACCCAAAGAUAAAGAUUCAUAUGUCAUUAAAUCGCUGGCAGGAACUCAUUGGACUUCAUGAAGACAUCCACAAACAGCAGCAUUUGGAUGCAGAAUAUGUCUUCCUGAAAUUGAAAGUUGAGAGGGCAUUUAUGAUUACUGCAACACCAAAAUGUAUGUUUUAUCGCAGGACAUUUGGUAAAUCUGAACCAGAUACAGCAGCUCACAUGCGCCAGCCUCACAGCAUACUUGCUGAAUAUAUUGACAAUGACUCUUUAGAGAAUCUUGAGGUUGUUCAUAGUAAGUAUGAAUACCUUAAAUCAAAACUAAAGGGUAGGGAAGAUCAGUCUUUAAAAAUUGUCAAGGAGUCAAUGUCAGUUUUCAUCAACAGUAAUAUUCAAGAGUUUUUAGACCAGCAGUCCUUGGCAUGUGGUCAAACUUCAGAAGAUGGCAACGAGCAAUCAGAUCCUGACGAUGAAGAGCAAUUGCAAAUGACCGCUGCCCAUGAAAGAGCCCUCAGGAUUGCCAAGAUUAAGGCAAAAUCAUUUGCAGGGGGUGUUUUGUCUCCUCAGCAUCAUGCUAGUAAACAAGAUGUUGGGUCUACCACUAAAACAGAAGAUGUACCAUGCACAAGCAAAGAAGCUCAAGCUAAUCAAGAAUCUAAAACAAAUAUAAAUAUUCCUUAUGUUGAUACCAAUGAGUGUGUUCUGUCGAUGCCCACUCUAAGAGGAGAUGAGGAAAAAGAAGGAUCUAGCCAAGUAAAACCCAAACCAAAGAGGGGGAGACCAAGAAAGAGAAAAGAAGAUAGUUCAAUAGCUAAAGAAGUGUAUAAUGUACAAAAGAAGGAAACUUCAAAAAUGAAAAAGAGGAAAAAAACACAAAAAACAAAUUAAAUAUGUAAAAACUGUAUCCAGGAAAUAGUUAAUUUAUUUGAAUUUAAAGAGGUAUUUACUUGUAAAUUAUUAUUAUCCAUAUCUUAUCACUCAAUUGUUUGUAUCAAAUGUUGAUAUUCUAUUUGCAGUUGCUUGUGAAAACAAUCAACUGGGUAUUAAUAUGGUACACAAUACAAUAGUCUCAAUGCGUCAAAAAAGUAUGUAAAGUCCAGUUUAUGCUGGUGAAUGGAAAACAUUUAAAAGGCUCCCUAACUACACCAUGUGCCUGGGUGUGAGCAGCCCAUGUCACUUUCCUUAGAUAUGCCACUACUAGCUAGACUAAAGAAAAUUGAAGUCUCCAUGUUUAAUUUCUUCUCUGUAACAAGUGUCCCUCUGAGAAAAGUUAAACAUUGAAGUUAAAAAGUCACUGGAGCAGUUGGUGUAUUUUGAACAGAUUGUUAAAAUGAAAAUGAAAGUCAUAACAAUAUUGAACUGUCAAUAAAUUUAUAAAUUAUUAAUACCA